UGUCAUCUUCUUCGGAAUCAGACCCAAGAGGGCCUCGCUCUCUCGUGUUGGGUGUUCGUGUUCUGUUAUCGGCUGAUAAUGGCAGUCUCUUCUUCUCCGUGUCUUCAACCUCAAAUUAAAGUUUCUCAGCCUCCUCUCAGCUUUGCAACGAAGCUUUACUCCGGACUAAAGCUUCAAUCUGCUUGUCCGUUUGGAGGAGCAAAACCUAAUCUUACUGUAGAAUUCUAUGGAAAAGUUCAUAAAAGUCUACACUCCAGGACACAUAACAAGAAGGCAGCUCGUGCACAAUUUCAGAUGAUGCCUAUAGGGACACCAAGGGUGCCUUACAGAACUCCUGGUGAGGGAACUUGGCAAUGGGUUGAUUUGUGGAAUGCCCUAUAUCGAGAACGGGUUAUCUUCAUUGGGCAAAACAUCGAUGAAGAGUUUAGCAAUCAAAUUUUGGCCACAAUGCUAUAUCUUGACAGCAUUGAGACGUCCAAGAAACUCUAUAUGUACAUAAAUGGCCCUGGUGGAGAUCUAACUCCAAGUAUGGCCAUCUACGACACAAUGCAGAGCUUGAAGAGCCCUGUAGCAACCCAUUGUGUGGGCUAUGCCUAUAAUCUUGCAGCCUUUCUACUUGCAGCUGGAGAAAAGGGUAACCGCUUUGCGAUGCCUCUAUCACGAAUUGCUUUGCAAUCCCCAGCUGGAGCUGCUCGUGGUCAGGCUGACGAUAUUCAAAAUGAAGCAAACGAGCUCUUGAGAAUCAGGGAUUAUCUUUUUGAUGAGCUUUCUAAGAAAACAGGCCAGCCUGUUGAAAAGAUUAACAAGGACUUGAGUCGAAUGAAGCGCUUUAAUGCUCAGGAAGCCCUUGAUUAUGGGCUUAUUGACCGUAUAGUUAGGCCACCACGGAUUAAGGCCGAUGCACCCCGUAAGGAUGCUGGAACAGGGCUUGGUUAGAGUGAAGAUCAAUUGUUCACUUCACAUUGAAAGUAGGCACAUGUUUGUUUUUAGGCUUACAUAAACUAAUUUACUAUCUUGUCUUGAUUAAUUGUAUUUCAAUGCAAGCUAUUUGGAAAUAUGAUCUUUAUUAUUGUUUAUUUUUUCAAGGUAUCUUUAACCACAUUAAAAUGGCUGGAUUGAAUUUAGAAUGUAUGUGGGCAUGGAGUGAUUGUUGUAUUUGAAGUUCUUGACUAUGAGAGAAUAUGAAGGGUUUUUCAAGGCCUACGGUAGAGGAUUCUGGAGAGAAAUACGAGGACGGGAAAUUCAAUGGAAUUUUUUUUUUAAAGAAA